AUGGCGGGGCCAACGUCGACGAGCGCUGGUGCACAGCCCGAUGUGGCUGAUGCCUCGACCACAGCGAGCCACAUCCAGUCGGCCGGAUCGCUUCGCAUCAGGAAGCUGAGCAAGGUCUCGCCGGCUCGCUUUCUUCUUCUGAGCCUACUUUUCCACGUCGUCUACAUCUCUUCCAUCUUCGACAUCUACUUCACCUCACCCGUCGUUCAUCCGGAACCGCGUUUCAGCGUCCGGGACACCCUGGCGCCAGGGCAUGUGCGCGAGUCUCUUGAGGCACCGGCGAAGCGGCUCGUACUCAUGGUCGGCGAUGGACUCAGAGCUGACACGCUAUUCAAGCAACAUUCGUCCGAGCUCUUGCCCCCAUGGUCCGCCGCCAAAGAGGCGGAUUACGACCUAGAUGACACGUCCGGCUUGUGGGCAUCGUUCGCCCAGGAUCCCUUCAGUGCACCCUACCCGUACCAGCUCGCGCUGCAAGAGAACAGGUCCAUCCCGUGUGCGCAUGAUCAGAGCUGCGGGCAUCCAGAUCAAGCCUUUGCGGCUCCUUUUCUGCGCAGCGUCUCUCGAGACCGUGGCGCCUGGGGGAUCAGUCAUACGCGAGUCCCUACCGAGAGCCGUCCUGGACACGUUGCGAUGAUCGCAGGAAUGUACGAGGACGUCAGUGCGGUGACCAAGGGCUGGAAGCUCAACCCGAUUGCAUUCGACUCGAUCCUGAACCAGUCGACACAUUCCUUCGCCUUUGGCUCGCCGGACAUUGUGCCCAUGUUCGCCGUCGGUGCCGCAGCCGAUCGUGUCGACAUGUGGACCUACAACGAGGAGGACGAAGACUUCACCAAGGAUGCUACGCACCUCGAUCUUUGGGUGCUCGACCACUUCAAGAAGCUUCUCAACGACGGGAAGAACAAUCCUGAGCUUCGCCGCAAGCUGGAACACCCAGGUACGGUGUUCUUUCUCCAUCUUCUCGGCCUCGAUACGACCGGCCACUUCUACCGACCCAUCUCGCCUGAAUACGUCGGCAACACCAUCGUGGUCGAUGCCAUCGCACGUGAGGUCGAGAAGCUCAUCGACGAUUUCUUCGGGAAUGACGGUCGUACCGCUUACAUCUUUACGGCCGAUCAUGGCAUGAGCCUCAAGGGCAAUCAUGGCGACGGCGAUCCGGACAACACGCGCACGCCCUUUGUCGCAUGGGGCGCCGGUGUUCGCCGACCUCAGGUCGCCACCGCACAGCAGAUUCGGCAGGCCAAAGCAGAGCAGGAGCGCGAUCCGUACUUUUCCAAUUGGCAUCUUGAAGACAUUUCGCGUGUAGAUCUCGCCCAGGCGGACAUAACUCCGCUCAUGGCGACGCUGCUCGGGGUGCCUGUUCCGGCCAACUCGGAAGGUCGUCUGCGUCUUGACCUGCUGAACCUCUCUGCCGAGCACAAGGCGCGCGCUCUUCUCGCCAAUGCGCAACAAGUGCUCGAAACCUACCGCGUGAAGCAUGCAUCGCGCGCGCGCCGCAUGGUUCGUUAUGUGCCCUUUGCUCCGCUGGCUCUUGUACAAGACGAGACGCUGCCCGGCGAGGAGAAGAUCGAUCACAUCCUCAUCAGCAUCGAGGAGGGCGACUUCCAUGAAGCAAUGCUGCUCUCGAAUGCGCUCAUCGACGAGGCUAUCGAGGGCGCACGCUACCUGCAGACCUAUGAUUGGCUGCUUCUGUGCUCGGUCGUCACCAUCGGCUACCUGGGCUCUAUUGUCUAUUCUUUUGCCUUCUUGCUGCGCAACUACAUCCUCUCCGACCAGGAAAUUGCUGCAACCGCCCCGGUGCCAAAGCCAGGAGGAAAGUCCCAUACCCCUCUCCUCAAAAUCCUGGUUGCACCCGUCUCUGGGGCCGUGUUCGCUCUUUUCGCAGCGCAAGAGAUGCCGUUUUCGUACUAUCUCUACGCUGCGCUGGCUUUUCUGUUCUGGGGACGAGUGCUGGAUGACCUUCCGCUCUUUGCCGCUGCAUAUCGAUGCAUCUCGGGCUCUCAGACUGGCUUUUCGAUCGUUGCGAUCUUGCUCAAGGUUCUAGCAUCGCUGGCGAUGCUUGAGCUUAUGGCCGUGGGAUACCUGCGUCGCGAAACGUGGUUCGUCGGCUUUAUCCUGAUUGGCUUCGCCUGGCCGGCUCUCGGGAUGAAUGCGGAUUUCAAGUCGGAGAACGAGGGUCUACUGAUCGUCUGGGGCUUCUCCUGCCUCCUGAAUGGCCUGUUCACCAUUGGGAAUGUCAACAAGGAAGAAAGCAUCACGCUGCUGAUGCUCAGCGCUGCAGUCUUCCUGACGGCAGGCUCGGUCAUCAUCUCGCGGCCGAAGCUGUUCUUUCCCGGAGCAUGCACAUCUGGAGAAAAGGAGAGCAGCGGAAGUGAUGGAGAGCGCGCAACUUCGGACAAGGCCCGAGAAGCGGAUGCAUUGCAUCUUGGCCACACCCUGCAAACGCUCAAGGUGCAGCUGGUCGUGCUCGUCGUUACUGCUAUCACCACGGCCGUCUCGGCACGGUCUCUCCGUCUGAAGCAGGGGCUUCCGCUCGUUACGCAAAGCUUGGCAUGGAUCUGCCUUGCGACCUGUCUCGUCUUUCCCUUCGCUUACGGGUUCCGCAGUCCUGUCGCGAUCCAGGCGGGCAGCGAGGACGCAGCGAUCUCUCUGGUGAGGCAGCCCAGCAGUCAGCGUCUGGCAGUCGUCGUGUUCGCCUUUGCUCCGGUGUUUGUGCUGCUAUCACUGCGAGACGAAGUCUUGUUUUUUGGCAGUUUCAUCACGACGCUGCUCGUCUGGGCGAAGCUCGAGGGCGCUCUGCGCGAAACUCGCCGCGAUCCGACCAUGCCAGCAGAGCAGUCCGACAAGCGCUACCUGCAGAUUUCGGAGCUGCGCGUCAGUCUCUUCUACCUCUUCUUCCUACACAUCGGCUUCUUCGGCACGGGCAACGUGGCCUCGAUCUCGUCUUUUUACCUUUCGCCCGUGUAUCGGCUGGUGCCGGUGUUCAAUCCGUUCCUCAUGGCGACACUGCUGCUGCUCAAGAUCCUCGUUCCCUUCGUCAUUCUCAACGCUAUCUUUUCGCUGCUGGCCACCACACCGAGCAUUACCGUGUCACCGCCUGGCUCAAAAGCUCCCGACCGCGGGUUAAAGCUCCUCGGCGACACGGCGCCCGGAGGACUGGGACUCGAUUCGGGUCUGAGCCUUGUCUUUGGUGCGGGUAUUGCUGCCGAUGUGCUAGCGCUCAACUUCCUCUUUGCGGUCAAGAGCGAAGGAAGCUGGCUCGAGAUCGGCCAGACCAUCACCCACUUUGUCAUGGCCAACCUGCUGCAGAUCUUCAUGCUUGCACUCGCUGCUGCGAGUUCAGCCAUCCUUGGGUGA